AUGCUCGAGGCAACAGAUCUCGACGAUGAUCGAUGCUCUCGUCAUUUAUGUGUCGACAUGUUUCCAGUUGAAGAUAGGACGAUUUUCACUAGAACAGUAUGGUUCAUAUGGAUUUUCGUAGUUGUGAAUGGGCAAAUAGUGGAUCAUAAUACGACUUUGACAGCUGCAUCGCGUCGUACGCAUCAGAUAACAACAAUUCUCGAUAGUCUUUUGAAAAACUACGAUGCAAAUAUUCGACCGAAUUAUGGAGAAAGUCCAACCAAAAUUAAUUUCGAUAUCUUAGUUAGUUCAUUCGGACCGAUUCAAGAUAUCGAUAUGUCAUUUACAAUGAAUUGCUACUUUCGUCAACGUUGGCGCGAUGAACGCCUUCAAUUCGACGAAGAAGUCGGUGUUCUACCACUAUCGACACGGAUGCUCGAACGACUAUGGAGACCGGAUACGAUUUUUUACAAUUCAAAGUAUUCAUAUCUGCAUACGAUACCAACCAGUAAUCGUUUAUGGCGCUUGUUUCCGAAUGGCUCUAUAUGGUAUUCAUCCAGAAUUACCGUUAAAGCUAGAUGCAAUAUGAAUCUACGACAUUUUCCGGUUGAUACGCAGAUUUGUAGAUUUUUUGUUGGAAGUUUUGCUAAUUCAGCGUCUGAUGUUCAAUAUGAUUGGCGUUUAGGAAACAAUCGAAGUGUAAACUUCGAUACGAAAGUAUUAUUAUCUCAAUUUGAUCUGAUUCGGUUUCCACAAUAUGAUGAAAUUACUGAAAUUAACGGACGUAACUUUUCCGUGCUUCGCGUUGAUUUUGUUCUUAAACGACACAUGGGUUAUUAUAUUCUUCAAGUUUAUAUUCCAAGUUCGAUGUUAGUCAUGCUGUCAUGGGUGUCGUUUUUCAUUCAUCGUGAAGCUACUGCUGAUCGGGUCAAUAUCGGUGUAAUGACCUUUCUUAGUUUAGCAACCCUAAGUUUCGAUAUACGAAAUUAUACAGCGGCUGUUUCCUAUCUCACUGCACUCGAUUGGUUUAUUUUCAUGGCAUAUGCAUUUUUGCUUGCAUCGUUACUUCAAUUUGCUUUUGUUCAUUAUUUUACGAAGGUCGGAUAUGGUGAACCACUUCUUCGCUAUCAAGGUUCUCUUGAUAGUCUCCGAUUUUCUAAUAACAGCGCGCGGAUAAAGCGAACAUCGAAAACGCGAACUUCCAUUAUCUAUUCGCGCUUCAUGAAUCGAACUCAACAAAAUGCAUCCGGACAAAAACAACCCUGGCUAACACGUGUUCAAUUGAAUAUAUGUCGCUUUUGGUUUUGUCUGUCUGGUAAUGGUGAUUACAAGCGUACAAUUCGGAAACAUGCUUCACGUUAUGGUAUCAAUAGUCCUAGCGAACUAGAUGUCUUUGCUCGUGUUGUAUUUCCGCUUAGUUUCGCGUUGUUUAAUAUUUUGUAUUGGUUUUAUUUUCUUCAUUUACACUAUUGA